AUGUUUAAUAGACAUAUUAAAUCAACAAUAGAGAAUUCUUUAAAGCUUUUUCCAGCAGUUUUAUUAAAUGGUGCAAGACAAGUAGGAUCAGCUAAUGUGUUAUCUUACCCUGAUGUUAGAGAUAGUUUAGCUGGUAGAAUGGAUAUUAUUUCUUUAGAAGGAUUUAGUGUUAGUGAACUAGUAAAACAAAGUAAAUCUUCUUUUGUCAGUAAUUUAAUUCAUACCAAAGAUGUUAAUUUAUUAAUUCAUCAAUGGACUCAAAAAAUGAAUUUAAAAUCAAAGAUAGGAAAUAAAACUUUGAAUGAAAUGUUGUUUUAUGGUUUUUUCCCAGAAGUUGCUAUAAAAAGAAAUAAUGAAUAUAGAAAUAGAUGGAUUUCAUCAUAUAUUACGUCAUACAUAGAAAAAGAUAUUAGAGACUUGAGCAAAGUCAUAGAUAUUGUAUCAUUUGCAAAGCUAUUAAGAAUAAUAGGAUUGCGAACAGGAAAUCUAUUAAAUAACAAAAACUUAAGCAUUGCUAUUGGAUUAGACCAGAGAACAGUAGCAAGAUAUAUAGAACUAUUAGAAAUCUCAUUUCAACUUAGUUUAUUAAAACCAUGGUCAUCAAAUUUAGGCAAACGUUAUGUAAAAACACCAAAGAUAUUUAUUAAUGAUGUUGGAUUAGCAGCAUAUUUUUUGGGAAUAAAUGAUUGUAAAUUGAUAAAUAACUACCCUAAUUACGGAGCUUUAUUUGAAACAUUAAUAUUUGCAGAGCUACGCAAAUCACUAAUUUAUAAUUCUCUUGCUAAUAUUUUUUUCUAUAGAAAUCAUCAAGGUAUAGAGGUAGAUUUUCUCAUAACACAAGGUGAAAGAGUAUUAGGUAUAGAAUGUAAAUUGAGUUCUUCUGUUACUUCAAAAGAUUGUAAAAACUUAAAAUUUAUUCAAGAAGAAGUCAAAAAUGAUUUUUUAGGAGUGUUAAUAUAUAGGGGUGACCAAGUUAUAAAGGUUGAGAAUAAUAUAAUAGCUGUACCUUUUGAGCUAUUAAUUUAG